UACUAUAUGCUACCAAUCCUCUCUCAGUUAGUAUAUAUGUUACUGAUCCUCGUUCAGUUGCUCAUACGUUAUUCCUUCUCAAUUUAUGUUAAGCUGAUCCUUGCUCAAGUGCUUUUACCAACAUUCUCAUAUAACUCCUACACCUUAACCUUUGUCGUUCCUAGAUCCUUAACUACCCAUAAUUUCCUGACCCGUAACUGACCCCGAAUUUCUUACAGAUAAGUGACAAAUUACUCAGUUGAUCCUGAUACUUCACUUUAUUUUCCUACAGAAAUGUUUAUCCUACUUAAAUCGUAGCUCGUAACAGAAUAGUAACGAUCCUUAACGUAACUUUCAGCCUGGUAACGCUUACGUUUCACUUGCAGAAUUCCAGUUUUUAUUUCGACAAACUCAGCUACGUUUACACUCUCACACCGGAUGUAACGUAACAUCCCGUUCGCACGCGCUCCUACUGUUACUUCCUCCGGUGACGUCACCGCACGAACUUCACCCCUCGAAAACGGGUAAAGAGUCGCUCUUACUCGGAUUACGAGUACGUUUAACUAACGCUUUGAGGUCGAUACUGCGCGCCGUUAGAGGUUAAAACGGCGCUGCAGGCGGAAAGGAAGUUAGAAACCGGAUGCCGGCCGGGGAGGAGGAAGUAGUAGUGUCAACGCUCUACGCGUACGGAGGGGGAGAGCUCAGAUAUGUCGUCGACCAAAGAGAGGCCAAGGUCUACUUGCAGGGGGGGUGUUUACCCUCGAACUAACCAGUCUGCGGGGUGUCAGGCGAGGAGUAACAACACUAGCAUUUGGCAUGCCAGCGAGAUGAGAGGCGACUGCGACUACGAUACCCAAAACAGCGAUUUGCAGUAUGGGCCCGGUAUCGUGGACAGGCUCAAGUCACGUUUCAUACACCUGACAAUACAGAGCAACGACGACAAACCACGUUUGAAACGUAGUUGCAGUUUGGAACACCUGGUAGAGGAUGGAGUGUUCCAGGCCAUCGACUGCUCGAAGGGAGAUAGGUCAAUUGUUGGAAGAAACAGAGCGAAAUAUGAUUUAUCACCGUGCGGCAGGAACAAUUUUAAAAAGGCUCCCAGUAUGGAAACACUAGUCUUCAAGAGGGAACAAAGAAAGGUACCAGACCCUCGUACGAUACUCGUCAACGAGAACGUCAUAAUUGUAGAGAAAGACGAUGGAGACGGGUUGAAACGCUCUCAGGAACAGGAACCGGAAGAGCAGGGCCAGGCGGGUUAUCCUAAACGCGACACUGUCAAAAAUUACAAGAGGAUGUUCGAACCGGCCGAAACAAAACAGUUGAACAGAUGGAAACCCCCAGUCUUGCGUGCCAGUGCCAAAUCUUCGUCCGCCAAGCCCAGUUACGUCAGACCGAGUGCCAUAAACCACCCUAAACUGAACGGUGAUGCGGGGAAGAAACAGACCAAACCGGAACAGAGCGUGGUUUUCGAUUUUCGUGGCAAGAACACUAAGCCCAACGUCACGUUGCAGCCCACCCCCUUCGGUUGCAAACCGGUGCAGAAGUCUGUCAAGAAAUUCUACAGGUUGUUCGACGGUAAGGAGGGACUGCCCAACGGUUGGGAUGAGGGGGAUGAUGAUGACGAUGAUGACGACGACGACUGCGCGGAUGGAGGAGGAGGGAGAGAUCUACCUCAUCCUUGUGGUGUAGUGUUCGAGGGUGAGAACGUCAAGGUCGGAAGGGGUUCCUUACUUGUCAACAGGAACAAGAAUUUACGAAUCCAUUUCAACGACGACGUCACUUGCGUACACGAGUAUCCUUCCGAAUUAUCCCUACUGGAAAAUGACAGGAUAGAAACGACGAACGACACCUCGCAGUUGGGAUUAACUGGGUUGGCAAGUUACACACCUAGCGUGUUAAAAACCGGUGAAGCAUAUCAGCUGGGACAUCCCAGAAUUACUCAAACAGAAAAAAAAGUUCCUGAAAAUGAAGUAAACGAAGUCAGCGAAGAACUAAAACCGGCCGAUCCCGAAUCGACGACAUCUUGGUCUUCGUCGGCUACAACAACGGAUCUUCUAUUUUGAAGCUACAAAAGAAGGAGCGGCGGGGGGGGGGAAUGGGCAAAAUUCCUAUUUUUAUGGAAUUAAAUCUUAAUUUUUUAUGUGUUUGCUGUAUCUUUAAGUGUAUAUAUAGGCUAUAAAGACUGUACAAUAUCAAAGGGGCCAAGUGUACAGAAUUUAUCUCAAGUCGCCAGUCAGUCCGUGUUUAUGUGCAAUGUACAAACAACGAAAAUAAAUCGCUGAUUUUUUGGAUUU